AUGGCCAAGAUCAAGUCAGUGCGGUAUUACCGCGUGAAGCCUCGAUGGCUAAUGGUGAAGAUCACCGAUGAGAAUGGAGAGUAUGGUUGGGGCGAGGCCACUCUCGAGGGCCACGACUUGGCGGUAGAAGGCACCCUUGAGGAGAUGAUCCCAAGGAUUGUUGGUCUCGAGGCAAACAACAUUGAGCACAUCUGGCAAUUAUUCUGGAGACAUGGCUUCUACCGUGGAGGCCCCGUUUUCAUGUCUGCAAUGUCCGGUAUUGAUAUCGCAUUGUGGGAUUUGAAGGGACGAAACCUCAAGGUGCCCAUCUACGAGUUGUUGGGUGGCCAAGUCAGAAACAAGGUCCAGGUUUACUGCUGGAUCGGUGGUGACAGACCUUCCGAUGUUGAGGCUGCGGCCAAGAAGCGCAUUGAGCAAGGCCUUACUUGCGUCAAGAUGAACGCAACGGAAGACCUGAACUGGGUUGACUCGCCCAAGGUAUUAAGUGCUACUGUUGAGCGGCUCAGGCAAGUCAAGGCUCUGGGUCUUGACGCUGGUCUUGACUUCCACGGCCGUCUCCACAAGGCCAUGGCCAAGCAACUAGCAAGGGCACUUGAGCCCCUUCAACCGCUUUUCAUCGAAGAGCCGUUGUUGUGUGAGCAUCCCGAAGCUAUCAAGCAACUUGCCGACCAGACUACGAUCCCGAUUGCCUUUGGCGAGCGCCUGUAUACUCGCUGGGACAUCAAGCGUUUCCUUGAAGAUGCUAGCGUCGACAUCCUUCAACCUGACAUCGCCCAUGCUGGAGGUAUCUCCGAGACUAAGAAGAUCGCCACAAUGGCCGAGGCCUACGACGUGGCGAUUGCACCACACUGCCCGCUUGGGCCCGUUGCAUUUGCUGCGAGUGUCCAGGUCGCGCUGUCAUCCCCGAACUUCUCCAUCCUUGAGAUGAGUUUGGGAAUGCAUUACAACACCGAAGCUGGAGACAUUGACCUGUUGACUUAUUUGAAGAACCCCACGGUCUUUGACAUUGAGGGCGGUUAUGUCAAGGCGCCAACGGGCUAUGGCCUCGGCAUUGACAUUGAUGAGGAGAUGGUGGAGAAGAUCUCCAAGGAGACAGAACCAUGGCAAUGCAAAGUCUUCCAUGGUCCUGAUGGAAGCAUUAGAGAAUGGUGA